UACAUACGGCCCAGUUUAUAGCCUGCCUGUAAGUGUGAAGCAUGCACUUACUCACAAAGCUGAGGUCUGCUCAGGUCAUUUGUGAUUUACAUGAGUAGAACUUCUUUUGUUUUUUAACAAGAUGGCAAGCCUUGCUCACUGCUGCUUCGUGCUGGCUUUAAUUAUUUACAAGGUCCAGUGCACGACAACAAGAUACUUCACCUACGAGGAGGACGCACCUGGGACAGAAAUAGGCAACUUAUCCCGAGACUUGAAAAUCGACCCCGCCGAAGGCCAUGACACGUCCUUUCGCUUCAUGCAGGAAAACAACUUCUCGGUAGUGUACAUGCGGGAGGCCGACGGGCUCUUGUGCGUGGCUGAGUUCAUCGACCGCGAGCUGCUGUGUCCUCGCACCCAGCGGUGCUUUGUCACCUUUGACGUGGUGGCUCUCUCCAAUGAAAAGUUUCAGCUCAUCCACGUUGAGAUUGAAGUGCGGGACAUAAACGACCAUGCCCCUGCAUUUGCCCGCAAUGAGAGCACUCUGGAAAUCUUGGAGAAUUUGCCACUGGACUCUCGUUUCCCGUUACCUAUUGCUGUUGACCCGGAUGUGGGUGAAAACUACAUCCAGAGCUACAACAUCUCCCCCAGCAGCCACUUUGCCGUGGAGGCGCAUGAGCGGGAGGAUGGUGUCAAGUUUGCCGAGCUGGUUCUGGUGAGGGAGCUGGACCGGGAGAUGGAGGACUCCUACCUGGUGGAGGUAACCGCAACUGAUGGAGGCGUGCCCAACAGAUCAGGCUCCACGACGGUUCGCAUCAAGGUGCUGGACUUCAAUGACAACGGGCCCAUUUUUGAGCAUGGCUCGCUGAAGGUGGAGCUUAACGAGGACGCUCCGGUGGGCCACCGUGUGGUGCGGGUGCACGCCUUCGACCCUGACGAGGGCGUCAACGGCGAGGUGAUGUACGCCUUUGACGGUAUCUCGGCAGAAGCCGCCCGCGUCUUCCACAUUGACCCGCACACCGGCGACGUGACGCUGAGGGCCCGUGUGGACUUUGAGAGGCGUCGAUCCUACGAGCUGCGUGUCAAGGCCUCCGACCUGGGCGCCGAGCCUGCGUCCUCCAGUUGCAAGGUGUCAAUUGACGUGGUGGACGUGAACGACAACGCGCCUGAGAUCAACAUCAAGCCCAUGACCGCCAGUGCAGACGACGUGGCGUACAUCACAGAGGCUGCAGCCGCAGAGAGCUUUGUGGCCCUCAUCAGCACCUCGGACCUGGACUCUGGCUCUAACGGCUACGUGCGAGUCAGCCUUCUCGGCCACGAAGACUUCACCUUGCAGCAAGCCUACGGGGAGACCUUCAUGAUAGUCACCACCGCCACUCUGGACCGGGAGAGGAUCCCUGAGUAUAACCUGACUAUUGUUGCUGAAGAUUUGGGCAGCCCCCCUUUUAAAACAGUGCGGCAGUACACCAUCAGGGUCACCGAUGAGAACGACAACGCACCUCUGUUCAGUAAGUCGGCGUAUGAAGUCUCAAUCAUAGAAAACAACAUUCCAGGUUCUUACGUCACCACAGUAGUGGCCCGCGAUCUUGACCUGGGCAAAAAUGCAAAAGUCUCCUACAAGCUUCUGGAGUCUGACGUGCAAGGCGGGUCGCUGGUUUCCACCUUCGUGUCUGUAGAUUCCCAAACGGGCUCUUUGUACACAGCCAGGUCCUUUGACUAUGAGAGCAUCCAUGAAGUCGAGCUGGUCAUCCAAGCGGAAGACAAAGGGUCCCCCUCAUUGUCGAGCACGUCGACAAUUAAAAUCCGAGUGGUGGACCAGAAUGACAACUACCCGUAUUUCACCUUCCCCGUGUUGUUUAACGACUCCGCCGAUAUCCCGCUGCCCUUGAACGCCCCCGCUUCCUAUCUGGCUCUGCGCCUCUCUGCCGAAGACACAGAUGACGGCGUGAACGCCGAGCUGUCCUACCACAUGUUACAAGGCGACCGCAAAUUAUUCAGUGUGGACAAGGACACCGGGGAGAUCACCCUCAAACAAUGGCUGAAGGCCCAAAUCGGGGACAUCCUGGAACUGGUCGUGGUUGUGAGCGACCGCGGCCGUUCGCCACUCUCCAGCAGCGCCACCGUGCGCUUCGUGGUCACUGACACGGAUCCCGACAAGGACCGAGCCGUGGUGGUCUUGCGUUCAAGCGAUGAAGAAGGCAUCGUGGCGGGCUUGGAUGGCUCGCUGGUGGUCAUCAUCUUGCUAAGCGGCGGGUGCGCUCUGCUGCUGGUGGCCAUCGUGGCCGUGGUGGUCACGUGCAAAGUGGGCCGCGGCCGCUCAGGGCCGUCUAAAAGGGAAGGCCGCCACAAUUUGUUUGACAGCAGGCCGCCCCCCGGGUCCACCCAUGGUAACAUAUACACUGGCUCGAGAGGCUUCUUCCUGGAAAGGACCUCCUCGAGUUUGGAUGACUCCUGCUCGUAUGAGGAGAGAAGCAACGACUCAGAAUCAAAGGUGUUCAUUCCCUCAAAGCACUUCCAGCCGUCAUCUAUAUGGCAAGCUGACAAGUAUUGUUUGCAAGUGAGUGGCACGACCAACACUGACCAGCUGAGCGUGAAGGACAGCGGCAAAGGGGACAGCGACUUCAAUGACUCGGACUCGGACGUCAGCGGAGACGCUGGCAAGAGGAGCUUCAGCACCUUUCACCCAAGACUUAAAAGUUCGUCCAGCACCGCUAACAGCUUAGCGGGGGAUUGCCAAGGCACCUACUGUGCGAUACCGCAGCAGUGCUUCAGGAACCCCAGAGACUUGGCGUAUGCCGUCGGCUUCUCCCCGGAAAUCCUCUUCAAUGAUCUGAACGGCUACACCCACGCCUGGAAGGAGUCUGGCUAUGCGACCAAUCCCAAGAAACCUCAUAGUGGCGGUGUGCAGAACUACACGGGUAGAACGGGAACCCUUCCACUUUACCUGUCUCAGGUGCAGAAUGACCCUAAACUCCACAAGCCAAAUAUUGUAACCGUGGCAACGGAAUCAGAGGUAGCGACUAUGUUUUGAGUUUUAACCUCACGUGAACUUUGAGUACUUGUAAAAAUUUGCUCAGUGUUUAUUAGCAUUUGCUGAUGUGUAUUUGUAUAUAUUUUUUAGUGCGCCUUUCCCAAUAAAUGUGUGAUUGUCAAAAAAAACUCUUGGAGCUUCAUUCAUGUACUUGUAAAUUCUCAUUAAGAGUUACAUCAGAAUCAAUAUAUGUUUAAUGAUGUGCUUUUACGAUACGUCACAUAGAUCCAGUAGCUGUCCUUGUUUAAUACGCUGAGACAUGUUCCUCUGAAUCUUUUCUCCUAAAACUGCAAGCCAAAAAUAAAAA